UCCUCUGUCAGUCUGUCCUGAUUCUCGCCUGAAUGAAAACACAGAAGCGACGACACUUCACUGAAGCAGAGUAGUGUCGAUAGAAAUCUCCUGCAACCUUCCUGUUUUGUAUUCUCCCGUGUGAACUGUUUGCGUCUUCUAUCAGUGUGCUGUCUGCUCAACGCGACAGAGCAACAUGGACCCACGGAAAGUGGCAGAGUUAAAGGGCUUCGUGCAGAUGUGCGAGGCCAGUUCUGACGUCCUGCACCUGCCGGAGCUGGGCUUCUUCCGGACCUGGUUGCAUGGCAUGGAUUCAAAAAUCCCUCCUCCAUCCAAGCCAAAGGGGUCGUGCCAAGGCGGCUGUCCUUGUGGUCCACCUCCUACCUCAGCUCCAGCUCCAGAGCCACAGCCUACCGGACUGUCUGAGGACGAGGAGAGUGAUUUAGAAAUUGAAAUGGAGGGAGUGAUUGAACCGGACACCGACGAGCCGCAGGAGAUGGGAGAUUUUGAAACCACUGAGGUAUCAGAGGAGAUGAUGGAUCAGGCCAAUGAGAAGAAGAUUGAGGCCAUUGAUGCUUUAGGAGAAGGCGAUCUGCAGAAAGCCCUGGAUCUUUUUACGGAAGCCAUCAAGCUGAACCCCUGCGUAGCCAUCAUGUACGCCAAGAGGGCCAGUGUGUUUAUCCAGAUGGAGAAACCCAACGCAGCCAUCAGGGACUGUGACAGAGCCAUCAGCAUCAACCCAGACUCUGCACAGCCCUACAAGUGGAGGGGAAAAGCUCACAGGCUGCUGGGCCACUGGGAGGAGGCCGCCCGGGAUCUGGCUACAGCCUGUAAACUGGACUAUGACGACGACGCCAGUGCUUUGCUGAAAGAGGUCCAGCCCAAGGCGAAGAAAAUCAUCGAGCACAAACGCAAAUACGAGCGUAAAAGAGAGGAGAAGGAGGUCAAAGACAAGCAAGAGCGGAUAAAGAUGGCCAGAGAGGAGCAUGCACGAGCUCAGAGGGAGGAAGAGGCACGACAGGCCGGAGGAGGAUUCUUCCCAGGCGCUGGUGGGUUUCCAGGAGGAUUCCCCGGUGGAGCCCCCGGUGGAUUUCCCGGAGGAUUCCCCGGAGGAUUCCCUGGUGGAUUCCCCGGUGGAUUCCCCGGUGGAGCCCCCGGUGGAGCUCCCGGUGGAGCCCCCGGUGGAUUCCCCGGUGGAGCCCCCGCCGGCAUGCCCGGUCUCGGUGAUCUGCUGAAAGACCCCGAGCUGCUCAACGCCAUGAAGGACCCCGAGGUGAUGACGGCCUUCCAGGAUGUCGCACAGAACCCAGCCAACAUCUCCAAGUACCAGGACAACCCCAAAAUCAUGGCGCUCGUCACCAAGCUGAGCUCCAAGUUCGGAGCUGCCCCACAGCCGUAAACGAGGACAAGACCCAAAGAGGAGGGAGAGGAUCCGUGGUGAAACAAUCUGGAGAGCCACGACGCAUUUCAACGAUUAUUCCACUGUGUGCAGAUCAAACAGGGCAGCGGGGGGGGCGGCGGGUUAAUUAAGUAGAGAAAGUGGGGCGACUUUUUAAAUGAUCUUAAUGAGCCUGUUACACUUAGCAUCCUCCUAACUCAGACUGACUUUAACCUGUGUCCCGAAACGCUAAACUGGGGACCCCCGCAUUAAGAUGCUAACACACAGAUGUUUUUACAGCCAUUUAACUCGUGGUGAUUGUUCAGCUUCCUGUUUGUUUUUCCUUUCUCCAAACAGAGCCGUAUUCACAGACAACUGUUGAGAUUUCUUUGCUAUCAGAUGUAUUGUUAAUGAGUAAAGAUAAAAGUCACUGUCCUUGAUGUCUGACCCUGUUAAAUGAUGAUUCACAAUAAAUCCUUUGUUGCUGCAAA